UUUUCAUUUAACGUGCUCUCGAUUCAUGUGACGUUUCACGGCAUAAAAUAUUAAAAACUUAGAAAAAACUGACUCAUUUUUCGUCUUACGAUACGUUUUUUGCGUUUUCACCCCGUUUUAAACGUUUUUUUAUUUGUUUGUCAAAUUGAAAUAGUGAUUUAAGUGACGAAAAAGAAUACCACAAAUAAACAUACAACCAAAUUAAUACCAUGAACAUUUCACUGAGUAUACGUACAAAACGCUUCAUCGAAUAGGUUGUAACUUAUCUGCGCAUAAAUCGAAAUAUUAGCGAUAAUAAUAAAAUCAGAUGAAGCGGAUAGUAUGCAAGGACUAUGUAUGCAUCCCGUAAAUUAACUGAAGAAAAAUCCGAUAAAAUUUUGUGUUGUAAUAAGCAUCGAAACAAGCAACGUAGAUUGGCAACGCAGAAACACGUAUUAUCCAUUUUAAAUUCGUUGUGUAUCUCAAGGAAUAUGGGUGCCUAAUCGAAACCACCAACGCUGAAUCGAUCAAGAAAAUCAUCGUUGUUGCUUUUUAAUAAUCACAUCUAAGCAAAUAAAAAAGAAAGAAAGAAACAACAACAAAAAUUAUCACGAUUAUUUGGUCCGAAAGCACACGUUAGCUGUCUCCUUACAACAGUCAUAGCUCAAACACUGCCAUUCAAAUAGCUGCAUUAUCGUAUUAUUAAUAUGCCGUUGUUCAUUCGUUUAAUUCAAUCAACAUGUACUGACAUCGUACGGAACUAGAUGUGUGUAUAUGCGUAAAACAGAGAGUGGUGUGUGCGUGUGUAUGGGCUUUUGCAAUAAUGAAUUGAAUGCUAAUUAUCGUUGUUUUGUUAUUGAUAAAACGCAAUGCAUUCAAGCAAAUCGCCCAUCAUAUUGAUCGAUGUCGACGACUAUGAUCACGAGAAAUUUCAAUCGACUACAACAACUACUACUACUACUAUUACUACUACUUCUACAACUAUUAUAACAAAGAAUACUUCCAGCCACAUCGUGAAUAUUGUAUUAAAUGAAAAUUGGAAAAACGUUGGGAGGUGCAAGCGGUUUCAAAUUUGGCUACUGUAUUUUUAUUAUACCAGAAGAAAGGAAUUUUUUUUGCAAACACCAUUCGACUGUUGUUUGCAAACAAAUUCAACGAAAAUAACAUCGGUUGACAUUCAGAAUGUAUUGUUGUCAUCACCAUUGCUGUUUUCAUUAUCAAAUCAAGUAAUUUAUAACGUGCUGAAAACAAAUCUCAAUAUUGCCUGUGUUUUGAACGACAUUGAUACGUCACUCUCAUCGGAUUCAAUGUCUCGAUUAAAUAUAAGCAUCUACAACAACAGAAGCGUCAUCAUUAUAAGAUGCAACAAUAAAAUGAUUUUGCGCAACAAAUACGCCCCGUUAAAUAAUAAUAAACAAAUUAAGGAUUGUGUACGCAGUGGCCAAAUAAAUGUAGAAACAUACUUGCAUUCGAAACAACAACCUCAAUUGAUGUGUCAAAUUGAAAGUGGAUGUGCAACUUAUAUUAAAGAAAUAAAAACUCAAACGACAUUUGCUCAACAUAUGAAACGACAAUUACCACUGCCACCAACACAAAAUCCAACUUCACAACCAAUCGAAUCGUCUAUGUCGCCGUUGUCUUUAUGUUCAUGCGAUUCCGUAGUAACACAACACUCAUCGAAACAAUCCGUUAUGAAUCAAACAAAAAUUACUAAUUAUUAUAAUAAUAACAAUAAAAUAAACAACAAUCUAAACGUUAAACGAGAUGACGAUUUGGAAAAGCGCACCGCAUCAAAUAACGUACGCAAACAUUUUGCGCGACAACGUUUCCAGUCGAAAACAGGUUUCGCAUCUCCAACUUUGCUAUCCAUCGAUUUAAGAAAGAUGUUUAUCACUUUUCUGCUUCCAUUAAUACUACUUUUCAAAAUGCUGCCAAUGUCCUGUGCCGAGUGUGACCAAACCUUUGUGUCUCGUCCCGGUGGCCCACAGAAUGGCACAUUUGCUGCUCCUGUAAUUAACAAUGUGUCGAAUCAUUCUCGACAAUGUUUGUACAUAUUUUUGGCCGGACCUGGCCAACGAGUCGAAAUCGUUUUUACAUCAUUUAAUUUACGAGGAUCACCACCAGAUGGAGCGGCUGUCGGUGAAAUACCAUCAUGCGGAUCUGAAUAUAUGGACAUUUACUCAGAAGUGCAAUCUUCAGAUCCAGCUGAUUUGAUCAAUUCACCAUUUGGCGGACGAUAUUGCGGUCCAAAUCUACCACGACGGCGCAUAUCAUUAUAUCGAGCUAUCGCUUUAUCGUUUUUCACUGGCAAAAAUGCGACAACCGCCCAAUUGUUCACCGGUCGAUAUUCAUUUAUAAAUGCUUCAAUUUUUGAAAUCGGAACGCCAAUAACUGGGUCACCAUGUUCGUAUACAAUCACUCCGCAAAAAAAUAAAUCCGAUACGUUUAUUUCACCAACGUAUCCAGGAUCUUAUCCAAAAGAUUUAUCUUGCACGUAUCACUUUAUCGGCGAAUCGAAUCAACGUGUUCGUCUUGAAUUUCGGGACUUUGAUUUGUUCUUUGGAGGACCUCAUUGCCCAUUCGAUUACGUAAAAGUGUACGAUGGUCCUGAUAAUUCGUCAGAAUUAAUUGGUACAUACUGUGGCCAACAAAGAAAUUUAGUAUUAUACUCGAGCGAGUCAAGUUUGCUAGUGCAAUUUUUUACAUUACGCCGAACUGCGUCUACACAAAAUCGCGGUUUUAAAGGAAUUUAUGAAUUUAGUGAAAGUUUCGUUAAAUUAGACUUUAUACGUUUAAGUAAUGGUGUUCAUAUUCGUGGUUCCGAAUGCGAUCAAAAAAUUUUAUCAAAAAGAGAAUCAACGGGAUUUGUUUAUUCGCCAAACUAUCCAUUUCCAUAUUUACCAAAAACGGUUUGCAGGUAUUUUAUUUACGGUCUACAAGAUGCACAAAACUUGGAACGAGUACGCUUAGAAUUUCAAAUGUUUGAAAUUCAACAUAAAGAACAUAAGGAUAAGGAUAAAGAUAAAGAAUCGAAUUGUACAGAAGGCUACUUAAAGAUAUUUUUGAAGGGUCAAGAAACACAAGAUGCCUACGAUAAAUUUGAUUAUGAAUUUUGUGGUCAUGAUAUUCCUCAUUUAGUUAUGAGUGAUGGGCCAAGAGUUGUGAUGGUAUUCAGUUCAGGUGAACUACAGGCCAGAGGUUUUAAGGCCAAGUAUUCGUUUGAAACGGAAUAUAAAGUACCAGGCACGGCCGCACCGGAUGGAUCUUGUUCAUUCGUAUACAGAAGUACAUCACGCAAGAAAGGCGAUUUUAACAGCCCAAGGUUUCCUUCAAAAUAUAUAUCAGAUUCAAACUGUUCAUACAAGUUCUUGGCAACACCAAACGAACAAGUCACCAUCUUAUUCGAUCAUUUCAAAAUUAAAGCAGUCAAUUCCAAUAUUACUGGCGGCGGUUAUGGUGCUGCAUGUAUAGAGGAUUGGUUGGAAAUUUAUGUAUUAUUUCGCGAUGGCCAAGAACGAUUCAUCGGUCGAUAUUGUGGCAACACAUCGCCCGGACCAAUGGAAAGUCCAAGAGGUGCAACUGGGAUUCGUUUGCUUCUUCACACCGACGCCGAAAAUGUGUCAAGUGGUUUCAAGGGUCGUUAUGUAUUUGAAGUAGCCAAAUCUGUAACGGGUGAUUGUGGUGGAAAUUUCACCAAUCAAGAUUACGAUAUUAUUACAUCACCAAAUUAUCCAGCGAAAUACGAUGGGCCGGGUAAAGGUUUGGCUUCAAGAGCAUGUAACUGGUAUAUAACCGCCAGAUAUGGCUUCCGUGUAUUGAUGAGAAUUGAAUUUUUCUCGGUUGAAGGAGAUCCACCAACUCGAGGUUGCCCAGCAGCUGCAUUGCGAAUUUGGUUAACACCGGACCAACCCGAAUUGGCACCCAUUGAAUUGUGCGGUGAAAAAACCACGGGUGAUAUAUGGCAUUAUAUUUCAAACGGUCAAAAUGCACGCAUAAGCUUUAUAACAACGGACAAAACAAUUGGUGCCCAGGGCUUCCGAAUUGUUUGGACCGAAGUUCAGGAUAGCGCAAAAAUAAGUGGGCCUACAACAAGCAUUUUACAUCACUGUGAACCAACCUAUCUUUUCCAUUGUACUGUAUCGGGCUACUGCAUUUCAAAUAAACUACAUUGUGAUGGCCUCAAAAACUGUGGACCCGGCGACGAUUCGGAUGAAAUGAACUGUUCAGCGGACGUGACAAAGGACGAGUCCGAAAUCCUUAUAAUAUCAAGCCUGGCCGCGUGCUCCUUCCUAAUUUGUCUCGUAUGUACGAUUUACCAUCGGAGAAAAAGACGCAAGCAUCAUCAUCGUCAGCUCGGUUUGCAUAGAAGUGGUGGCCAUUAUGAUUCAACAACUAGUGCCACAGUACUAAAUUCAUUUUCAGGUUUAGGUUCGAGCCGACGUCAUUUACAAAGUGGCAACAGUUUAUCUGGUAGUUUGCAUUAUGGUAUUAAUAGUGACGAUGACAUUCUUCCCAUUCCCCAACCACCAUUACCGCCCAGUUCAAUACCACCACAUUUAAAUCAUUUGAUAAUUAAUUGUACCGAAGAUGAUAUCGAUCAAGAUGCUGACGACGACGAUGAUGAAGAAGAAAUUGAUUUGGACAGCGAACAACAAACAACAAUACAUCAACAUCAUCAUCAACAUCAUGCGGUUCUUUGAGACGAAACCAAUCCCAAAUUUAAUUUAGCUGAUACAGUAAAAAUUAUUGAACAGUCUGGUUCGGAAUUUUUUGCAUAGAAUUUAUCAGUCAAAAUUGAAGCAGUCUCAUGUAGACACACAGACACGAAUAUAGUGAAUGAAAUCAAAUACAAUAAGUUAAACAAACGAAUGUAUGCGUUUCUUUACCCAUUUUCGUCAAAUCAAAUACUAAAUAUAAAUUACUUAAUUAUAAACAAUGAUCUGGCUGUUUGAACGAAUACCAUUUUUAUUUGGCGACAAAGAAUUGCGCAUUUUUUUUUAAAUAGAAUACAUUUCAAAUUUAUAAAAAUCAAAAUAUUGUGCGCACCAAAAACAUUUUGAAAUCGCAAAAUUGACGCAUUUAUUAAAUGAUUGUUCAUGAUUCGGACGAAAAAGAAGAAAACAAAUGGAAAAAGAAAUUAAUAAAUUUUGACUCAAAACAUACAUGGAGAUGGAGUGAAGUGGAACCAGUUAUUAUAUUUGCACACAAAAAAUACCAUGUAAUAUAAUGAACGACGUUUUUACAUGAUGAUUUUACCGCUCAUAAUUAGAUUUUUAUUCGAAAAAAAUAUAUUCAAACUGAGAAUGACGAAUCACCGAAACAGAAUCGGAGCUCCUUCAAAUCUUCGUAAUGUUCGGUCGAUGUUGAACACAGAAAAAUAAAACAAACAUAUUUUUUAAAUGAAAAUCCAUACUACAUUGAUUUGUAUUGCAAAAAUACGAAUUAUUAUCCUCAGUUUGAAAACAGACAUUUGAAAAAACAAUUAAACUUGAUACGCUUGAUAAUUUAUGCUUAGAAUAAUUUCCCAUUCUAAAUAGUUGGCAUUUUGGUUUUA